AUGCCAGUGGCCAUCGAAGCUGAGCAUUUACCCACUAAAGUUGGUUACGACACCGACCCUGGUAAGGACGACAAGCACACAGAUGAGUGCUGCCCAGUUUUCCUUGGUGGUAGCUCCAUUGCAAAUGGUGUAGGAACAGCCGUUUCACAAAGGUCGUGUGACCAGCUGAAAUGUAUCUCCUGUGACUUUCGGGUGGCCAUGUUUGACGAUCAUGAAUGGGACCCCUCUUGUGAUGACCUAUUCUUCAGGAGCAACAUGCGAGACUGUCAGAAGCUGCGGGCCAAGCUGAGGAGAAGAAAAGGGGUGCAGACGCACGCCUACAAGUGUAGCUGGCACUCUGCUCGAGACCUCACUGACCUGAGAGAACAGCACCAGCUCAAGUGGGUCUGUGGGAAGCAUGACAUGUGA